ACUCAACGUUGAUGACAACGAAGAUGGCUGAUCGAAACAGCAAGAGCAGGAGCAGUGGCAGCAGAGGUGGCAGUGGUGGUGGCAGUGGUGGUGGGAGUCGCCUCGGGAGCAGUCAAGGGCGCAAGGAUGACCCCGAACUCAUGCUGGAAAAGGGAGACUACGAAGCAUUGAUGGCUUUUGCAAAGCACGUUCGAGUGCCUGCGUUGGACCGAUCCAUUGUCAAACCAGUGUGCGUUGACGACUUGGAAGUCAAGGAUGAGGAAGACGUUGCCAAGCAGGCUUCAAAGGAGGGUGUGCACAAAAGCGGCAAGACGGGCCGCACCAAGCGAGAUGAUGUGGUGGUCGAAGAAGAAGAAGCAGAAGAAGAAGCAGAAGUGGAGGAAGAUAUUGCUGUCACAGAUUCGCCGCAGGGACGAAGACGAGGCGAGGACGCAAAGUACCCAGCGUCAAGGAAACCUCACCAGAGCCGUCGUGGCGAAGCUGCUCACGCUGACGACGACGAGGAUGACGCUGUGCAUUCCGAGGUUGAAGAGGAGAUCUUUGAGGACGACAUCCCAGAGACUGUGCUCUCUCCAUAGGCCAGCCAUGUGCGUGCGUGUGUGUGUGUGUGUGUGUGUGUGU